AAAAAAAAAAAAUAUGUACUGGCUCCCUUCUGACCUCUACUGUCUCAACAAAUUUAACGAUUGCUUAUUGAAUGCAUUUUAGAGUAUAUUUGCAUUUUCUGAUGAUCUUAUGUGAAUACUAUUUGUCAUGAAAGCACAUGCGUUCUUUGAUGAUGUUCUUAGCAAUCACAAAAGUAUUUGGGUUGAUGAAUGAGUAUUUUCUAUCAUUUUCUGUUCAUUAUAUCUCAGAGAAAAAUCUAGUAUAUCCUUCUAAAAGAUAUUUCCAUUGCAUAUGUUGGCCUCCCCAAAGAAAUUCUAUGGCAUAAAUUAGAUUAAAAACUUAAAAAUGAAAGCAUAUCCCAGAGUCCACACACAGUUCAGUACAGAGAAAAUGAGUAGAAAUAGAAUUUAAAUUGAGACAUUUAUUUUUUGAUCUUUCUCAAGAUACUUAAUUUCACUCAGCCUCAGUUUCUUAAUCUACAAAAUAGGUACAAUAAUAACUUGUCAGAGAGGGAAGUCAGACUAACUUGCUAUUUCUCUUUUAAAUAAAAAUAUCUCUUCAUUGAAACCUUAGCAGACACAACAUAUGUUUGCCUUCUAGAUGCAGCUACUGGAAGGGUCUCAGACAGCCACCAUUUGCCCCAUUCACCUAUGACCUAAUAUAAUCCUAUGAAAGGAUGGAAGUUGAUGUUUUAAAAUGAUUUUUGUACACGAAUUUUCACAAAUACUAUAUAUGCAUAAUAUAAUAAUCCUGUCAGCUGUUAUAAAUUAAAUACAUUAUCAAAAUCAUUGAAGUGGCAUAAAUCCCUAGCUGGAGUAGGUGUUUUUAAAAUCCUCAAAACAUACUCUAGACUCCAAAAAAUAAAUGUGUAAACAUGGACUAAAUGUAUAGUUUUUCUGGUCAGAUAGAGUUAUACAGUUAGAUAACUAAGAUAGGGUACUGAAGUUAAAUGGUUAUGCAAACAUAUUUACGGGUAUCAUACUUGACCACUCUUUGGGAUGUUUGUACUAUUUUCUGUCAUUUUCCCCCUCAGAGUUGCACUAUUUUAUCUCUUAGCCUUUCUUAGACUCUGUCCUGUAGAGACUUAAGUCAUAGAGGGAAUUGCAGCACAGCGUAGCUCCACAGAAGAACAAGUGUUUAGUGUGAAGAAUCUUUGAGUUCAGUUCCAGAAAGAGGAGUAUGUUGUUAGGGUGCAGGGACAGUGGAUGGAAGCAAAAAAACCAAAACCAAACAAACAAAAGACACCCAACAACCUGAGAGUAGAAUAUAUUCAUGAUGACGGCUUCAAGAUUGUUUUUAUCCAAACACAGUACCUAGCCUUUGCGUAAACUUUGGUCUGACUUUCACUUUAAGCAAAUGGUUCAAUUCUGUAUACCAGGUAUAUUACUCCUCUCCUGUGAGAACUUAUAGUAUAUCACCACUUCACCUUUAACCCAAGAUCAGCGACAAAAAUAUCUGUCACCCAAACACAUCAGUAAUUUCUGUGGAAGAACAAACAGGGCCUAUAUUCAAUGCUCAGAAAAAUCUCAUGGCGCUGGGCAGUAAGGCUAGCAUUGGCCACCCCUGCCUAGUCAUGUGCUUGAAGUUGGAGCUGUAGAAGAAAGACAAAGGGCAAUAAAAUAGGACACGAAAAGAAAGAUGCAGGAACAAUAAAGACACAAGGAGUGAGAUACAUGAGGAGCAUAGACACCGAUGUCUAGAAAUCACAAUAGUCUUAUAUUAUUAUAAAAACACAAAUGACACAAAACCAAAGCAAAGAACACAGAAACUAUGCUUGGGAAAGACGAAGGUGAAGAAUAUUUUGUCUCACUCCUACUUAUAUAUCACACCGAGUUUCAAACAGUGUGUGCACAUAGAGGGUCAUACAUGAGUGAACACAUGAGUAGGGACUCUUAGAGCAAUGUGUCCCUUCACACAACCUGAGGUGGAAAAUAACUGAGCAGCAAUAUAUUUUGGAAAUGAAAAACCAUCACUAUUUUAAAAGGUCAAAGGUCCUAGGGCUUCUUGGUUUUGUGGAUUUGUUUGUUAUUAAAGGCCAGAUAAAGGUGAUCUGUUUAAUUUUGGAAGUCCUAGAAUUUUUUACAGAAAUGGAAUGCAAAUCUGGUCUUGCACAUAGACUAAUCCAAAUUGUAGACUAGUAAAAGUAUGAAAUUUUGCUAUCAAAAUUAUUACAAAAAUGUUGAACAAUCAAACCAAAUUACUUUUGAUUUUUAAUCUCAAUUGUACAUCUGCCCUAAUGCUAAAAAUGAAAUAAGGGCAGAUUAUGGAAGAUUUUGCUUGCGGAUUGAGAAAAUUACAUUUUAUAUUAUAAUUCUUUUAUGCUAUCCUGGCAAAUUACCAUAUAGUAUACAUACAAUAUUAGUCAAUGUUCCAACUGUGUAACACAAAAUAAUUAAAAAUUAGUAUCUAAAAAUAAAUCCAAAUAACAACAAAAAACCCAAAUUAGUAAUAGGAUUAAUUAUAUUUAGCUGUGAUUUGAUAUUAUAUUUUUAGAUAUUUUUGAGAUAGUCCUAUUAUAUACCCUGGGCUCACUUCAAACUAAUGAUCCUCAUGCUUGGUAACCUCUUAAACCUUAACGCAUGUAUGCACAUCCAGGCCCUCUUUUUGCUGUUUAUUUACAAGUGGUUACAAGUGUUACAAGCCUAUAGUUGUAUAAUUUUGGUACAUUUUAUAAAGAAUAUGUGUUCAUGGUAAUGAUUGAGAAAAAUAAACUAGCAUACAUAUUUUUAUACAAUUAUGAUAAAUACAUUUUUCUGGAUUCUUGGAAACAUCAGUCAAAGCUGUUUGGCAUAUCUAUGAGUAUUUUUUUAAUUGUCACAAAUCUCUCAAUGAAAAACCCAUGAAACUAAGUCAAUCCAUACACUUUAAGAUUGUAGUUCACACUAGGAUUGUUUUAAAGUCACCAUUAAGCAAGUCCACAUUUUCCUUGGUUAGAAAAUUGUCAAUCCCUUUUAUAAAACCUAAGUUAAUCCAUAACUUUUAAACAUGAUUAUUGAAAUAGGGUUCCUUCUUAUAUUUAUGAAUGUGUGUGCCUAUGGUCGCAAAAUUGUUCCAGGAGGCUAGAAGAAGGAGUUGUAUUCCCAGGUGUCGACUUUCCAGACACUUGUGAAUACAGUGACAUAGGAAUGGUCCUUAAAGAGCAGCAAAAAGUCGUAAUCAAUGAGCCAUCUCUCUAGCCCCUAAAACAUGAAUUUUAGAGGCUACAUUUACAUUCGACUCUUUCCCUUCCUAAUUCCGAGCUCUUCCCUGCUUUCUCUCACAUUCAUGGCUGCUUUUUCAAUUAGUUAUCGUGUGUGUGUGUGUGUGUGUGUGUGUAAAUUUCUAAAUAUAUCUUGCUCCCUGUGUACAAUGUUACUUGCAUGGAUGGUUCCAUAAACAUUUUGAAGAACUUUGUGGUAUAAGUGAAGCAUUGUUGAAAUGUUCAGUACACAGAAUAUUUUCGUAGCUUCUGUUGCCUUUUCUCUUCUCUCCAAUUAUUUCAUUAAACAUAAUAGCACAGACUGGCCUGAAAGUAGCAGUUAUCUUCCAACGUUCACCUCCCAGUACUGGGACUGCAGCUGUACACAGCCCCAAACCCUGGGAUUCUUAAUGAAGCAUUCAAAGUCCAUUUAUGACAUAAAUGAUAUGUAUGAUAAAACAAUACCAUAAAUAGCAAAAUUGACUUUAAAAUUAUGUUUGUUUUGCAUAAUACACAUCUAUAUGUAUAGAUAUGUUGUCCAUAUAUGUAUCAUUUAACUCCAUGACUCAUUUUCUAUACGCAAAGAUUUUCAGUCUCAAAGGAGUAUUAAAUAGUUUUGUUGUUGUUUGAAUAUGGGUUUCUGGUUCAUUCGGUUUAGAGAUGUUCUGGUUCCUGGGAGAUUUGACUCAGCUCUAGGAGUGUAGGUAAACUAAUAAUAAACACUGAACCAUUGCUGUUAAUAUAGGCUCGGUUUCUGUAGCCCCUCCCUCAUCUCUGCUCUCUCUAUAUCAUAUGUUCUGUACCAUGUUGAUGCAUCUCUUAUUUUGUGCUGGGCUUCAGACAUUUUUAUGGAGAACUUUAGGGGUGUCUCUUUGUUGUGUCUUUCUUCUUUCUGUUCAACAACUCCCUUUUCUCAGUCUGAAUUGAGGCAGAUUUCUCCUCUUGUUCCUUUGUGUAUAUUUCAGUGUCUGGAUGUGUACCAGCCAUUCACUGAAUGCUGGGUUUAUGCAGUGUCGUUAAUUCUUAAUUCUGUGUGGCUUUUAAUCAAAUCCAGAGCAGAAGCCCACUCCACCUCUGAGCCAUGACAUUUUGAGGAAGCCAAAUUGAGGUUUUAUGAGAGGCUCUGCUUCUAAUUGAAUGAAAACUUCAGCAGAUGUUUAGCCGGUUAAUACUUCCCGUAAAUUUUACAUUUUGUGUCUUUGCCAACUUUUAAAACAACUUUCGGAGAGAAUCAUCUGACAUUCUUCAGCAGGCUAAUGCUGUCCUACUGGUAUGUAAGGAGGCUGCUUCGGAGCUUUACGAAGGCGUUCACUCAACAAUCACUGGAUCAUGUGAGAACAUGGGAAACAGCCUUGUAGACACACACAUACACACACACACACACACACACACACACACACACACAGACAAACACACAACUGAUGCCGCUGAUCCUUCAUCUGGCACUGAACAUACCAGUGACUUUGGCAUUUUAGUCUGUGUGACCCCCUUCUGACUUGCUGUAGAUGUUUCCGUGUCAUGAAAAUCACAAGAUAAAUACUUUGUGUUUCUUUUGUUUAAAAACCAAAUCUGAAAGGGUAGUGUCUUGGUUUGGGGAAGGUUCCAUUAAAAUAAGUUAUUAUCAUGGGCAUCGAUUCAGUCCUCUCAAAGGUUAGCUGAUACCCUGUGGAAUAAUUUGUUCUUGCUGUUUCUUCCCUUCUGCGAAUAGGGAGUAGCAAUCCAUGGGCCAUUUACCAAGUCUGUUGUAGAAGAGAGUUAAUACUGAAUAGUUUGCACAGCGGUAUUUAGAUAUGUGCUUUUACUUAGAAUAUGACAACUUAAGCUUCUAUCAACAAACUGAAAUCUUUGCCAGGUGGAGAAAUUCAUACAACUCAUAUCUAAUUUGGUGCUGUGCUGUGCUCUGCUUUAUACCCAAUACCUAUUGUUCAACACACAUAUAAUUUACAAAAUAAACUGUUUUAAAUGUCUUUUUAAAACCCAAGCCACACGAGGCACCACUUACUUCUAAAGAGUUAAUGAGAAGUGUUUAAUUGCUGUGAACAACCAUGCUAGGAUUCUAGUUGUCAGGCCCUCAAAAGCUCUCAUGUCCCUCCCUUUCUUCCCUACAAAAUGUUGCUCCACCCUGGGUGGACUUUUGAGCGGCGGCAAAGUUUCUGUGGCUGUUGCCUUUUCCCAGAGCUGAGAAGGCCUGAUUUCAAUGUGUAGAUAACUUUCCUUUUUAAACACGAUAGUGUGUCCACUUCAAAUUUCAUGUGAUAUACUUAUGCAGCGGACUCUGCUAGGACCCUUCGUGCUAAUGAUUAAUUUAAACCUAACACUUAUAUUACAGAUUAAAAAAAAAUGCUUUCUGGCUUUCAGAGGAGGCAGUGAGUUUGUUUAGGGAUUCUCUGAAAUUUCCACUUCAUGGCCCUCCGGAGACCUGUCAAAUAAAGAGCAGAUGCAGAGAGUACCAGUUACUGUUGCAUGCUUUACAAAGCCAGACGCUCGGCAAGGAUUUCCCACUGGGUCUCUUUCCUAUUAGAAGGAAGAAAAGAUCUACCAGCCACAAACAAGAGAUUCAUCCAGUGUAUUCCUUAAAGCUUUUGAAUGUAACUCUGCCAAUUUUUAUCAGGAACAUUCGGUCAAGAUGGGAGGAAAAGCAUCUUCAGAAGGUAGUCCUUUUGUCCCUGUGAAGUAAAUGACCUGAGUUAUUGUCUCCCCUAUUGGAGCUGUAAAGGAAAGGAAGCUUUAAGUUGGCAAUAAACUUUGCUGUGUAUUCUCACGGCCUUGAGUUUUCCUCAGGCAUUCCAAGACUCUUGAAAGAAAAGAGGCUAAAGACCGAAUCUGAUUGUCCCUUGACAACUGAGCUCCUCAGGCAAACGCGAUGCAAAGGCAAACAGGAAGGAAGGAUUCAUCCCAUUAGAGAAAAAAAAUGAGAAUGACUUAUUAAAGGUGAUUGAGUGUUGAUCGGAAAGAUUAAAUGGAGGGUUUCCAGAGAUUUUCAGCAAGCUUGAAGAUUGAAACUUACCUAAGGUGUUACUCCAUUGUCUUAAAAGCAUUUAAACCUGUGAGUGCCAUUUCACUGACGAUACCCAAAGGCAGAGCACGCACAAAGGUUUCUUUGAUUUAAUGUAUCAUCUAUUGAUUUCGAGUUAGAUAAAUGGACGUUGCAUAUGGUAAACAUGAUCAAAGAAUAAAUUUUGGAAAAUAACAAUAUAGAAGUGGACAUAAUCUCCAGAGCAAGAACACUGUUUUAUUAUUAUGGUAAAUACUAGAAAAAAUAACACUCAAGAGUGAGGAAGCAUUUAAUGUUUAAUAUUAAAAAGCAAACACCAAAGACAAAGGAAGUAGAUCUAAUACCCAAAGACAAAGUGAACAAUAUCUUCCCUGUUAGUAUUUUAUGUUGACUCUCAACAGGGUGCGGUAAUCAGAAAUAAUAACAAGCAAUAAAAUACAUUUACAAAUUUGACAGAUUAGGAAACUCUGACAACUCGUAUUUUAGUAUCUAAUAUCUAAUUACUCAACCUGACAUAUUUUGCUGAUCUACUCCGUGUCAUAGGCUUUGAAAAGAAAUUAGCCUGCUUUAGCACCUUUACCUCUCUGAACAAAAGUACUGUGACUUAAGUAGUUUUAUUGCAACAAUGAAGUUAGUCGCUGCCAAAAUGGCUGUUGCAGUCCACGGGAGCUGUCUCGGUAGCUCAUGAGCCCCAUCGUUCUACACAGUCACUUUCAGGUUAAGAGGCUCUGCCAGAGUCUGACAAACACAGAGGCAGAUGCUUCUCUGUGAACGAGUAUCCCAAUGGAGGAGUUAGAGAAAGGACUGAGGUAGCUGAGGGGGUUUGCAACCCUAUAGGAAGAACAAAAUCAACCAACCAGACCACCCAGAGCUUCCAGGGACUAAACCACCAACCAAAGAGUACACAUGGCUCGACCAUGGCUCCAGCUGCAUAUGUAGCAGAGGAUGGCCUUGUCUGGCAUCCAUAGAAGCCCUUGGUCCCAUGAAGUAUCGAUGCCCCAGUGUAGGGGAAUGCCAGGGCGGGAAGGUGGGAGGGAGUGGGUGGAGGAUCACCCUCAUGGAGGAGAAGACAGGGGGGUGGAAUAGGGAGUUUCCAGAGAAAAGGAGGGUAAUAUUUGAAAAUAUACAAUAAAAAAACUGAAAAAGAAAAGAUUCCCCAUGUUCUUUCCAGUAAAAUAAAACAUUAUAAUUGUUAAAAAGAAAAGAAAAGAAAAAAGAAAAGAUACCAAUGACCUUUGUAAGUUAGCAGAUCUUUUAAUAAGGAUUUGAAAUACAUAUUUUAUUUCGUCAGUCUUGGCCAAUUGCUUAAAUGUGUUACUGGAACCGUUUGCCUUCUGCUGAUGACAUGAUUUCACAUAACCCGGGCUCAGCUUUUCUUCUGUCGUCUACACUGUGGGGCCUGAUUGUUGCUUGUUGGCCUCAAGCUCCUCAGGAAACUAUACUUUAACAUAUUUGCCAACGUCAGCAGCUGUGGAAAGUACCCAGUGAGAGCACAGGGCAGAAAACAUAGGAAGGGCAGGAUACGUUUGUACCUCGCCUCCUGCUCUCAGAGAUAAGUAGGUGUGCCCUUUGUGUUGGGUUUCUCUUCCUGUCUACUGUUGCACCCUCCCAUCUCUUAAGGCCAAUUUUAAGAUUUGGUUAUAACCUUCCCUCUCUUCCCCUGUUGGAAAUGUGACAGUAGUUUCCUGUUCUGGAUUACAUAAGCACUCACUGUUUAUCUUCAUGGUCUUCCAUAAUUCCUAUCGAAGUCCCAAAGCAAAUCCCUUGAGUUUAAAAUAUCUAUAGAGAUUUACUUCUUUAUCACGUGAUUAUAUCUUGACACACACAGUCACAUUUUUUUUUUUGCAUACAGAGGCUGUGAUGAAAUAGGUCCACAAAUGUCAUUUCUGUUCUUGGAGUGGCAAUGAACGAAUGAGACUUAGAAAAGGUAAAUUCAUCUAAAUCCAGUCAGGGGCAUUGUUUGAUAAUAGGAGUGCCAACCACCUGUCCGGAUCCAGUUUGAAUUAACCGUAGUCAAGCAAUGUAUGCUGAGCUGAUGAUAGCUGUUGUCUCCCUCCCGUGUGUUGAGUGCAUAUCCUAUUAUUCCCUUGUGUGGACCUCCGGCACACUGCUGACUGACCAUAGUUUUCCUUAUUACUGCUCUCCCUAAGUAAAAUAGAUUUCACAUCACUUUAUGAGCUGUACGUUAGUUAGGAUUCCAUAGCCAAGGCUAUUUCAGCUUAGAAAAGUAUUAGUUUGCGCAUUGCAUCUGCAUGGUUCUUGCCAGUAACUGAUAAAGUAAAACUGUUUGAUGACUCCGUGAUUUUCAUUAUCAUAUGAACCUUUGUGCCAGCCAUAUGGCCUACGCUGACACCUGUUCUCAUUAUUGGAAAAGUGUAGAAGGUAGAUUUCCCCCUCUCAGUAAAUAAAUCAACAGCAAUAGUAACAAAACAGACAAAUACUCCCCGUCCUAAAAGAUAGCAAAUGCUUAUUUAGUUUGCAAAUUCUGAUUGGUCACCGGGUCUUCAUUCACAUUAAGCAAACUCACCUUCUGCAUCUCCUCCAGACACGGAAGUGACUAUUUCCAGACACCAUAAGGCUCUAGGCAACUUAGAUAGUGAAGGCUUCAUCAGGUCCAUAUUAUUGUUCUCCAGCCUUUAUCAUAGCCUGGAUAUUCCCAUGGCAACGAAGUCUUCCAUGAGUAGUGAACAAAAGACACCCAUUCCAUUAUUUGUAUUAUAGUCACACUGUCAAGGGUCCACUGCCAAUGCAGUGGUGGAGAAACAAGUGGACUUUGUGGUCAUUAUUACGAUACACUGCAUAGAUAAUAUACAACUGGCCCGGUAUUUUAUUCAAACAAAGGCAAACAAACUAAAGAACUGUUUUGAGGGGGAUGGUGUAGAAAAAUGUUUCUAAAGGCAAUGCAAUAUUACAAGAACUAGGAAUUUUGCCUUAGUUUUUUUUAAAAAAAAAAAAAAGCUUGGAUAUCACACAGAGGGUGUGGGGGACAAAUGAAAUAGACAUUUGUUGUCCGUUAACAGAGAAAUGAAUGAACGGAGAGCCAGUUUCUAAUCAGUGAUUGGUCUGAGAUAAAGGUCGGCUGUGGUCAGGGCUCACAUUUUCAGCUCUUGAUGGGGAGCUGGCUUGAGCUGAACCAUUGGCUUCACCACAUCAAGUAAACACGCAAUAAUUACUGUAUUUAGAUCGCCUCAGAAGGCCAAUAUGUAUCAGACUGAGGCCACUGGAGGAUCCAAGGUGGUUGUACUGCUUCAUUCCUGGGAAGGCCUCGGGAGAUGCUGUCGAAAUUCAGCGUCCUUAGAAACAAGCGUUAAGGAAAAUGUCAUUAAAGCAAAGCGAGGCCUCGUGUAUUUAUCUACUUCUGUGUCUCCCACUUAUCGUGAUAUAUGUUAGGUAGGCAAGUGUUCCAAGAUCUGCAAUUUAGCUUAUUUCUUAAACUCUAAUAUGUUUCCUAGCAACUGCAGAAAGACAUCAUUUUUUUUAAAUUUUUCAGAAAAGGCAAAAUAAAUCACAUUAACUUAGCACACAUCUGCUUCCUUCUGAAAAUGUGUGUUCUCUUGGAGAGAGUUGCUGUGCCCUGUGCUCAGAGGCAAGCAUUCCACCGCACUUUCCGCUGGGUCUCCCCUUUAGAGUGUUAGCUCUCAAGGACCCAAUGCUUACUUACUACCAUCGAGAAGCUAAUUAAGAUUUGAUUAUCUGUUGGUCUUCCCUAUUUGUGGGUUAUCCCUGUUUGGAAUUUGAGGUGAACAAUGUAUAAUUUCUAAGAGAAGCAAGUGACCACUUCAUUUUGGAAAUAUUAGAAGUAUUGUUAUGGUAGGUUUUGAACUUAGCACCAUUUUAAGUAAUAUUUUUCAGAUACAUUUAAUGUGUUCAGUGGGUCAGGCUUUUUAAUUUUUUUCUACCUAUUCUGGCUCCUUUAGAAGCCAGGGUUUCUGCCAUCUCCUUCCAACCAUCCUGAAAGUUACCCCCAAAACUCACCAGUCAGAAGGAGACAUGUAUAGUUACUAGUACCCACUGCUUACAAAUAAAAACUAGGAACUUGGAAUAGUCAACAAAAUGUCAUUAUCAUUCAUUCAACAAAAGUACAUUAGAAAAUAACACUUCUAUUAAGAAAUGUUUAGGAAAAAAUGGUUUACAUUUUAUAGCUAAAGUCCUUUACCUUGGAGAUAACAUUGAACAUCAAAUGUAAACUGGAGUAGGAUCUUUGGAAAUGAUGGGUUAAAAAGAAAUCAGACAUUGUUGAGAAGGUUAGCUUACAUACAAAGAAUACAAGGCCACAUCACUGGACAAAUGUAACAUUGUAUAUUCAAAUGUAACAAUUGUACAUGCAAAUAAAGAUGAUAAAUAUGUGUAUGUGUUUGUGUGCAUGUGUAUGUGUGUGUGUGUGUGUGUGUGUGUGUGUGUGUGUGUGUGUGUGUCAGAGACAGGAAGGACAGUUUCAAGACUUGUCUGCUGCUAACUUCCCAAACAGCACUCUUUGAUUAGAUAAAAGAGACUCACUGGUCUAAGUGGGAUCUACGGGUGACUGACACAUGAGGAAUAAAUGUUUGGCUUCAGUGGCAUGGCCUUAUGACAUAAGAGCAGGUGUGGCAAUGUCAUUCAAGCUCUCCCUGAGUCUCUUUGCCACUGAACUUGAAGUACAAGUUUCUGCUCGUUCGAACCUGUUCUUUAGUUCAGCAUGGAGUUACAACUACCUAUUCUUCUAGAAGAUGCCAGACCCUGUGUCUUUGGAUAAUUUUAGGAUUCUGUAUUUUCCCUCAUUGAAGGGAGAACGGAUAGGCCCUUUCUGAGGCCAAUUCUUCAAAACAAUUUAAUUAAUGUCAUGGGGGCGUCUAAGAGCAUCCUGGUCCUUGUUAAUCCCUGAUUUCAACUUCUCUACCUCAGGAAUAUUCUGCUUCAUUGGCAGUUAGUUUACCUGAGUUUGGCAGUUUGGGCAUGCACGGGCUUUUCUACUCACUCUUCUAUCCUUGCAAUAGAAGCUUCACUAUUUGUGAGUGGAAUGCUAGCCCUGUUCCCACUACCGCUCAUUAUUGAUGAUUAGUGUCUUGGCCAGCACCCUCAACCUAAAACUCUUAAUACCCAUUCUUUUCUCCAUGGGGAUAGCAGACGAGGAGUCUCCUGUUUACACUUUGAACGCAGAAUCAUACCGACCUUCUUCUGGGAAUCCAAACAAUGGGUGACACUGGUUUUUGUUUGUUUUACUCGUUUUACUAAUUUUCUUUCAUAUCGGUGAGCCAGCAUUUUGAAGUCAGUUUUGAGUGCAUAAGAAUUAUGCUACACUGAAGUGUGUAUGGUGACAUGGACAUGUAUAGGUUCACGUUUGCGUGCACAUGUAUGUAUGUGCAUGUAGAAGCCACAGAUAGAUGUCAACUGUCUUCCUAUGUCACUAUCUUCCUUUGUCACUAUCGUUCUCCUAGUUUUGUAAAAGGGUACCUUCAAUAAACCUGGAGUUCACUGGCAAAGCUAUACUCACAUAGCUACGCUGGCUGACCCGUGAGACCCCAGAAUCCUUUUCUCCCUGAUCUUCCUGUCCUGGAUUACAGAAACGUCCUGUGUCAUGACUUUCUUUUACUUAUGUGUUGGCAACACAAACGUAGGUCCUCAAGCUUGCACAGCAAGCAUCGUCCGCACAGAGCUGUCUCUCCUGGGCAACACAAUCAAUUAUAAAGACACAUUAGAGGCCUGUACCUGACAUAUAUUUUUCUUUGGCCAUAUCAAGUAAUAUGUCAAAUAAGAACAGAGAACAGUUUCAGCGUAAUGGUAGCGCGUAAAGAUAAAACAUUUUAGGUUUGCUAAGAAGAUAAUGAAAACCCAACCAAGCCAUUUUAGUAUUUACGUGUGCAAUGGUUUAAAAUAAUUCCGGACUGCUUUGAAACAACAACUUGAAAGUGGCCUGCGACUGUAGAAUAGAUAUUAAAAUGUAAUUCAUAGAUACCACAUUCCAUUUGAUUGUAAUAGCGAGGCUUCGUCUUGCGUGAUGGACUUUGCUUUUGCAGAUGUUUCCCAUUACAGCUAAUCCUCCCUGGGAGAUAGGCAGGGAAGAUAAGCAUAUGAUCCCCACAUUUGUGAGAAGGAAAAUCCAGCUCUCUAGUAAGUGGUGGGGCCGGGAGAGGAGCCCAGUGCUUCUGACUCCAGGCUCCAAUCUUUCCACAUCUGAAAACCUUCAGUAAUUUAACGUUAUUGGGGCGGGGGAAGUGGGUAGGCUGAGUGGGAAGGUUAAGAGAUGGGGGAAAUGCACAUCAGUUUAGGUCAGCUUCCCUGUCUCGGGAGAAUAUUUGCUGCUUGUAGUUUCCAUUCCUGCUAAAAUGUCUUAGCCUGUGUUGCACGUAGAUCGUCAUAAGUCGCUUCAGUGACUGGGGAAAAAGUUCAUAAAGGAAGAUAGUUUUUAAAAUAGUUUGGGGACUUGAACCUUUCUGUGUCUAAAUUCAGCAUGACAUAGGAUGAUGAUAAGCCUGUCAGCUUUUCGUUUGUUUGUUUUCCACUUCAUGAGAUCGUUUUCUUAACUCUUUUGUUAGGGAUUCAUGUGAUAUCCUCAGCAAUCUGGCAAUUAUGGUCCAUUUAAAAUGAAAAAUUUUUAAGAUGAGAUUUGGAGGCUGUUAAGGUGGCCAUUAAUAUGAUGACUUUGAAGUCCCGCUGCUCUGUUGUGCUCCUGUGGUUCUUUCAUUAUGACAGUUGUUUGCCUUCGCAGUGUGACAAAGCCCUCAUCUACUGUUGCGAUUGUCUUGCAGGCGUGUUCCCCUAGUGCCACCUAGUGGUUCUCUCCAGCUAUAGCAUGUAGUGAAAGAGAAAAAGGUAGCUGAUACAUUGAUUUUUUUUUUUAAAAAUGUAUUUGUCAAGGUGACCUUAACAGAGAGAGGUCAGAAGUCACCAUGUGUAAUGUAAUGUUUAUAUGUAUGCAUACAUAUAUGUUAUAUGUAUAUAUGCAUAUAAACUUCUUCCAAAUAGUUUUUGGGCUUUUUUGUAGGUAUAUUUGUUUGUUUAUACAGAACUCAUAGAUCAAGAAAUAAUUGAAAAUUUCAAGAAAACCUGUGCCUUAAUGUCUCUUUUACCCUGAAAUGUUCACCAUUACUUGCUAUCAGCACAAAAUGGACUGGGCUGCUGAGGUCUGAGUUCCCUUACUUUUGCUGUGGGUUUAUAACACAACAGGCAGGACGUUCUCAACUUGUAACUUUAGCGAUUUAAGACUAAGCAAAUGAAAAGUGUGGUCUUCUCUCGUGCCAACGGAUAAUAAAUGAAGACCUAAAAGAAGGAAGGAAGGAAGAGCUAGAAAGAAAAGGGAAGAAUGUUAUUUCUCUCUUGAGAAAAUUUACCAAUUUUAUCUCUAAUAAUGAGAAGGGCUUAAAACACAGGGAUGAAUGUUUUGCAACAACAUUUGUUGUUGGCUUGUGUUUUCUUGGACAUACAAGAAGUAUGGUAUGUUAUUGUGUAGUCUAUGAAUACAGAAACAAAUGUGCCUUCUGUGUUGAGAGGUCCUUAAGUUUUUACAAUCUAAUUAUUUUUAAUAAUAUCUGUGCAAGUAUUUAAACAGCAGCCUACUUUAGAAGCCUGUGGAGGCCUCAGGAUAGUUUCCUGGCCCCACCAUCCACAGCCUGUGAAACAGUAGAACUGGGUCUGUCCAGACAAUGUACAUCCAUGAACGUUCAUGCAUGGACACUGAGGAGGUUGCUCAGUAGGUAAGAGCACCCAGAGAACCCUGGCUCAAUUCCCAGUGCCCUCAUGUGUCACACUACUGUCUGAAACUCCAGGUCCAAAGGAUCUGACACCCUCAUACAAAUAUAAAUGCAGGAAAAACAUCAGUGCACAUAAAAGUAAAUAAAUAGUUUCUUCAAGGUUCAUACAUGUUCUUAGGUGAUGGUCUUGGCUCUGAAGAACCCCUGACCUGUGCUAAAGAGUUCUGUUGAUCAGAUUAUCACUAAUUGUCAGACCAGAGGCCAAAAAUUCUGAGUCAGCCGCCUCCAUCCUUUUGAAACUGUGUUUCAUCCACGAGACCUUCUUACACAUAUUUUCUAGCAUGUCAUUUGUCCCCUGCAGUGUUUUGCCAACUUUACCUUUAAUUUAGCUCUGCUAUUUGUGUCUAUGUCUGAACCAAGAACCAAAAUGAUUUGUUUUAUUUAUUUUUUUAAAUUUAAAUUUUAAAUUCUACCUUUUUCCUCUUACCUUCCAUUCCAACCUCAGCUCCCCAUCCUCUGCUCCACUCCUCCCCGUCUUCUCCCUGUUUCCUCUCGCCCCAGAUUCACUUCCGCUCUAUUUCCCGAGAGAGAGAGAGAGAGAGAGAGAGAGAGAGAGAGAGAGAGAGAGAGAGAACAGGCCUCUUAGGGAUAUCAAUAGAACACGGUCAACAAAUUACAAUGAUAUUAGACACAAACCUUUAUAUCAAGACUGGACAGGGCAGCCCAUAAAGAAGGAAAGGCUCCAAUGUGCAGGCAAAGGAGUCAGAGACACCACCCGCUCCCAGUGGUAAGAGUCCCACCAGAACAAGAACAAGAAGCCACAUAACUAUGAUUUACACCGACUGGGCCAACCACUACCUGGCAAAAUCGGGCCACAAGCGGCUGAUCAAGGAUUUGCAGCAGGACAUUGCGGACGGGGUCCUUCUGGCAGAUAUUAUACAGAUCAUUGCAAAUGAGAAAGUGGAAGAUAUCAAUGGAUGUCCGAGAAGUCAAUCUCAGAUGAUUGAAAAUGUCGAUGUCUGCCUUAGUUUUCUAGCAGCCCGAGGAGUAAAUGUUCAAGGUCUAUCUGCUGAAGAAAUAAGAAAUGGAAACCUAAAAGCCAUCCUAGGGCUCUUCUUCAGCUUGUCUCGCUACAAGCAGCAGCAGCAUCAUCAACAACAGUAUUACCAGUCCUUGGUAGAGCUUCAACAGCGAGUGACUCACGCUGCUCCUCAGUCAGAAGCCAGCCAGGCCAAAACCCAGCAAGAUAUGCAGUCCAGUCUGACAGCCAGAUAUGCAGCUCAGUCUAAGCACAGUGGAAUUGCAACCAGUCAGAAAAAGCCUACUAGGCUUCCAGGGCCCUCUAGGGUGCCAGCUGCGAGCAGUAGCAACAAGGCUCAGGGAGCCUCCAAUCUAAAUAGGAGAAGUCAGAGCUUUAAUAGCAUUGACAAAAGCAAGCCUCCAAAUUAUGCAAAUGGAAAUGAAAAAGAUUCCUCCAAAGGACCUCAACCAUCUUCAGGUAUAAAUGGAAACACACAGCCUCCCAGCACUUCUGGGCAACCCCCAGCCUCUGCCAUCCCUUCCCCGAAUGCCAGCAAGCCGUGGCGCAGCAAGUCCAUGAAUGUCAAGCACAGUGCCACCUCCACCAUGCUGACAGUGAAACAGCCAAGCCCAGCCACCUCCCCCACACCAUCUUCAGACAGACUGAAGCCCCCUGUCACAGAAGGGGUCAAAAGUGCUCCUUCGGGGCAGAAAUCUAUGCUUGAAAAAUUCAAGCUGGUUAAUGCCCGGACAGCAUUGCGCCCCCCUCAGGCUACCAGUUCAGGACCUAAUGAUAGUGGCAAAGAUGAUGAUGCCUUUUCUGAAUCAGGAGAAAUGGAAGGUUUUAACAGUGGUCUGAAUAGUGGCGGCUCAACAAACAGCAGUCCCAAAGUGUCACCAAAAUUAACCCCUCCAAAAGCAGGAAGCAAAAAUUUCAGCAAUAAAAAGUCUUUGCUGCAGCCAAAAGAAAAGGAGGAAAAGAACAGGGACAAGAAUAAGGCCUGUGCUGAGAAGCCAGGAAAAGAAGAGAAGGACCAGAUGAUGGAUGCGACUCCGAAAAAGACCUCAAAAAUCGCAAGCUUGAUCCCAAAGGGCAGCAAGACCGCAGCAGCCAAGAAAGACAGCUUAAUUCCGUCGUCGUCCAGCGGAAUUCCAAAGCCAGGCUCAAAGGUGCCCACACCAAAGCAAACUAUUUCCCCUGGCAGUGCAGCAAGCAAAGAGUCUGAGAAAUUCAGGACUAGCAAGGGAAGCUCUUCACAGGCCUUCCAAAAGGCCAUCACUAUGGAGAAAACAAGCACGCCCAGCCUCUCUGCUCCUCUGGAGGGGAGGGAAGCUAGCCAAGCAUCUCCCUCUAGCUCCUGCGUUCUGCAGGUAGCACACAGCAGUGGACAGAGUCCUGGCAAUGGAGCUGUCCAUCUUCCUCAGCAGCAACAGCAUAGCCAUCCUAACACUGCCACGGUGGCUCCAUUCAUUUACAGAGCACAUUCAGAAAAUGAAGGCACCCUUUUACCACCUGCUGACUCCUGUACUAGCCCCACCAAAAUGGAUUCUUCCUAUAGUAAGACAGCUAAGCAAUGCCUAGAAGAGCUAUCUGGUGAAGACCCUGAAGCCCGGAGAAUGCGCACAGUCAAGAACAUAGCAGAUCUGAGGCAGAACUUGGAAGAGACGAUGUCCAGCCUUCGAGGGACCCAGAUAAGUCACAGCACCCUGGAGACAACCUUUGAUACGACUGUGACAACUGAAGUGAAUGGAAGGGCCAUCCCCAACCUGACAAGCCGACCUACCCCCAUGACCUGGAGACUGGGUCAGGCGUGUCCUCGUCUACAGGCUGGAGAUGCCCCCUCCAUGGGCGCUGGAUAUUCUCGAAGUGGCACCAGCCGGUUCAUCCACACGGACCCCUCCAGGUUUAUGUAUACAACACCUCUCCGCAGAGCUGCAGUCUCCCGUCUGGGAAACAUGUCACAAAUAGACAUGAGCGAGAAAGCAAGCAGUGACCUGGAUGUGUCUUCUGAAGUGGAUGUUGGAGGAUACAUGAGUGAUGGUGAUAUCCUCGGGAAGAGUCUGAGGGCAGAUGAUAUCAACAGUGGGUACAUGACAGACGGUGGGCUCAACCUAUACACUAGAAGUCUUAACCGAGUGCCGGACACAGCAACUUCCAGGGAUGUCAUCCAGAGAGGCGUUCACGAUGUGACAGUGGACGCAGACAGCUGGGAUGACAGCAGUUCCGUGAGCAGUGGUCUCAGUGAUACACUUGAUAACAUUAGCACAGAUGACCUCAACACCACGUCUUCCAUCAGCUCCUACUCCAACAUCACGGUCCCCUCCAGGAAGAACACUCAGCUGAAAACAGACACAGAGAAGCGUUCGACCACAGAUGAGACCUGGGAUAGUCCGGAGGAGCUGAAGAAAACCGAGGAGGAUUUGGACAGCCACGUCGAUGGAGGCGCCAAGUGGAAGGGUGUUGCUUCUGGACUUGCUGAAGACUCAGAGAAGACGGGGCAGAAAGCCAGCCUGUCCGUGGCUCAGACAGGCUCCUGGAGGAGAGGCAUGUCUGCCCAGGGAGGAACACCAGCGAGGCAGAAAACCAGCACGAGUGCACUCAAGACCCCUGGGAAGACAGAUGAUGCCAAAGCUUCCGAGAAAGGGAAAACGCCUCUUAAAGGAUCAUCCUUGCAAAGGUCUCCUUCAGAUGCAGGGAAAAGCAGCGGGGAUGAAGGGAAAAAGCCACCCUCAGGCAUUGGAAGAUCCACAGCCAGCAGUUCUUUUGGAUAUAAGAAGCCAAGUGGUGUAGGGGCCUCUACCAUGAUUACCAGCAGCGGCGCCACCAUAACAAGCGGCUCAGCGACACUGGGAAAAAUCCCCAAAUCUGCUGCCAUUGGUGGGAAGUCCAAUGCAGGAAGGAAAACCAGCCUGGAUGGGUCCCAGAAUCAAGAGGAUGUCAUGCAUGUGAGCUCUAAGGCCACCCUUCAGUACCGCAGUUUGCCCCGCCCUUCUAAGUCGGGCACCAGCGGUAUCCCUGGGAGAGGUGGUCACAGAUCCAGCACCAGCAGCAUUGAUUCCAAUGUCAGCAGCAAGUCAGCUGGGGCCACCACCUCUAAACUGAGAGAACCCACUAAGAUCGGCUCAGGGCGCUCGAGUCCAGUCACUGUCAACCAAACUGACAAAGAAAAGGAGAAAGUAGCAGUGUCGGAUUCAGACAGUGUUUCCUUGUCAGGUUCCCCCAAAUCCAGCCCCACCUCUGCCAGUGCCUGCGGUACUCAAGGGCUCAGACAGCCAGGGUCCAAAUAUCCAGAUAUUGCCUCGCCUACAUUCAGAAGGUUGUUCGGUGCCAAGGCAGGUGGCAAAUCUGCCUCCGCACCUAAUACUGAGGGGGUGAAAUCCUCCUCGGUAGUGCCCAGCCCUAGUACCUCUUUAGCCCGACAAGGCAGUCUGGAGUCACCGUCGUCCGGUACGGGAAGCAUGGGCAGUGCUGGUGGGCUGAGCGGCAGCAGCAGCCCUCUCUUCAAUAAACCCUCAGACCUAACUACAGAUGUUAUAAGCUUAAGUCACUCCUUGGCUUCCAGCCCAGCGUCGGUUCACUCUUUCACAUCCGGUGGGCUUGUGUGGGCUGCCAAUCUGAGCAGUUCCUCUGCCGGCAGCAAGGACACUCCAAGUUACCAGUCCAUGACUAGUCUCCAUACGAGCUCUGAGUCCAUUGAUCUGCCCCUCAGCCAUCAUGGCUCCCUGUCUGGACUGACCACAGGCACUCACGAGGUGCAGAGCCUGCUCAUGAGAACGGGUAGUGUGAGAUCUACUCUCUCAGAAAGCAUGCAGCUUGACAGAAAUACACUACCCAAAAAGGGACUAAGAUACACCCCAUCAUCUCGGCAGGCCAACCAGGAAGAAGGCAAAGAGUGGCUACGUUCACAUUCCACUGGCGGGCUGCAGGAUACUGGCAGCCAGUCCCCCUUGGUGUCUCCUUCUGCCAUGUCAUCUUCAGCCACCGGAAAAUACCACUUUUCCAACUUGGUGAGUCCCACCAACCUGUCUCAGUUUAACCUGCCUGGACCCAGCAUGAUGCGUUCCAACAGCAUCCCCGCCCAGGACUCCUCCUUCGACCUCUAUGAUGAUGCCCAGCUUUGCGGAAGUGCCACGUCUCUGGAGGAAAGGCCACGUGCCAUCAGCCACUCGGGCUCGUUCAGAGACAGCAUGGAGGAAGUUCAUGGCUCCUCGCUCUCCUUGGUCUCCAGCACAUCCUCUCUUUACUCUACGGCUGAGGAGAAGGCUCAUUCAGAGCAAAUCCAUAAGCUACGGAGAGAACUGGUUGCCUCCCAGGAGAAAGUUGCUACCCUCACAUCUCAGCUGUCAGCAAACGCUCACCUUGUAGCAGCUUUUGAAAAGAGUUUAGGGAAUAUGACUGGCCGUUUACAAAGUCUAACCAUGACAGCGGAACAAAAGGAAUCUGAACUUAUAGAACUACGGGAAACCAUUGAAAUGCUGAAAGCCCAGAACUCUGCUGCCCAGGCCGCCAUUCAGGGUGCGCUGAAUGGCCCAGACCACCCUCCCAAAGAUCUCCGCAUCAGAAGACAGCACUCCUCUGAAAGCGUUUCUAGUAUCAACAGUGCCACAAGCCAUUCCAGCAUUGGCAGUGGCAAUGAUGCUGACUCCAAGAAAAAGAAGAAGAAAAACUGGGUGAACUCUAGAGGAAGUGAGCUGAGAAGUUCUUUCAAGCAAGCCUUUGGAAAGAAAAAGUCCACCAAGCCACCCUCCUCGCAUUCGGACAUUGAAGAGCUGACAGACUCGUCCCUACCCGCGUCCCCCAAGCUACCCCACAAUGCUGGCGAGAGUGGCUCCUCGUCCAUGAAGCCCUCACAGUCAGCCUCAGCGAUCUGUGAAUGCACAGAGGCUGAGGCCGAGAUCAUUCUGCAGUUGAAGAGCGAGCUCAGGGAAAAGGAAUUAAAAUUAACAGAUAUAAGGUUGGAGGCCCUCAGCUCCGCUCACCAUCUCGAUCAGAUCCGGGAAGCCAUGAACCGGAUGCAGAAUGAGAUUGAAAUAUUGAAGGCUGAAAAUGACCGGCUGAAGGCGGAGACCGGAAACACAGCUAAACCUGCCAGGCCCCCCUCUGAGUCCUCAAGCACAGCCUCCUCUUCUUCUUCUCGCCAGUCCUUAGGGCUUUCACUCAACAAUCUGAACAUCACAGAGUCUGUUACCUCAGAUAUUUUGCUAGACGACACUGGUGAUGCGACUGGACAUAAGGAUGGCCGCCCUGUGAAAAUUAUAGUAUCCAUCAGUAAGGGCUACGGUCGAGCCAAGGACCAGAAGUCUCAGGCAUAUUUGAUAGGAUCGAUUGGUGUGAGUGGAAAAACUAAAUGGGAUGUCUUAGAUGGUGUCAUUAGGCGUCUCUUUAAGGAAUAUGUGUUCCGAAUUGAUACAUCCUCUAGUCUUGGUCUGAGCUCUGACUGUAUUGCCAGCUACUGUGUAGGAGAUUUAAUUAGAUCUCAUAACCUAGAAGUGCCUGAACUGCUACCUUGUGGAUACCUGGUUGGAGAUAAUAAUAUCAUCACUGUGAACCUGAAAGGGGUAGAAGAAAAUAGUUUGGACAGUUUUGUUUUUGAUACGCUGAUUCCUAAACCAAUUACCCAAAGGUACUUUAAUUUGCUGAUGGAGCACCACAGAAUUAUACUCUCAGGACCAAGUGGUACCGGAAAGACCUAUUUAGCAAACAAACUUGCUGAAUAUGUAAUAACCAAAUCUGGGAGGAAAAAGACAGAGGAUGCAAUUGCUACUUUCAAUGUGGACCACAAGUCAAGUAAGGAAUUGCAGCAGUAUCUUGCCAACCUGGCUGAGCAGUGCAGUGCAGACAAUAAUGGGGUAGAGCUCCCUGUUGUCAUAAUUCUGGAUAAUCUUCACCACGUGGGUUCCUUGAGUGAUAUCUUCAAUGGUUUUCUCAAUUGUAAAUACAACAAAUGUCCUUAUAUUAUUGGAACCAUGAAUCAGGGAGUGUCUUCGUCACCAAAUUUAGAACUACAUCACAAUUUCAGGUGGGUUUUAUGUGCAAAUCACAUGGAACCUGUAAAAGGCUUUUUAGGCAGGUAUCUUCGAAGGAAACUGAUAGAGAUGGAAAUUGAAAGGAAUAUACGUAAUAACGACCUAGUCAAAAUUAUAGAUUGGAUCCCUAAGACGUGGCAUCAUCUCAAUAGUGUUUUGGAAACACAUAGUUCUUCUGAUGUCACCAUUGGUCCUCGGCUCUUCCUUCCUUGCCCCAUGGAUGUGGAAGGUUCUAGGGUGUGGUUCAUGGAUCUUUGGAAUUAUUCCUUGGUACCUUAUGUUCUGGAGGCAGUGAGGGAAGGCCUACAGAUGUAUGGUAAACGUGCACCAUGGGAAGAUCCCUCCAAGUGGGUCCUUGACACAUACCCGUGGAGUUCUGCGUCCUUGCCUCAGGAGGGCCCAGCAUUGCUGCAGCUGCGACCAGAAGAUGUUGGGUACGAGGGCUGCACAUCUACAAAGGAAGCCACAACGUCAAAGCACAUUCCCCAGACUGACACAGAGGGGGACCCCUUGAUGAAUAUGCUAAUGAAGCUCCAAGAAGCAGCCAAUUACCCGGGCACACAGAGCUGUGACAGUGACAGCGUCAGCCACCAUGAAGACAUUUUGGAUACAUCUAUUGAAUCCACCCUCUAAAGGGUGAAAGAGUUAGGCAAAGGACUAUGCUUUUCAAAAGGUGUUUAAAAGACAGGUAUUGUCACUAAACCACUGCCAGUAUGAAAGUGCCCUGUCCAGGGCCCUGACCCAGAGUUGUGGUCUCCAAGGAGGCAGCAGAAUUAGGUUGGAACUGCCAAGAUGCGAAAAUGAAAUGGGAGCUUAAGUUUAUUUUAUUGCUAGGCAGUUUUAUAGCCAUGGAGGUUAGCAAGGGCUCCAUUACUCAAUUGGGAAGGGCCCUAAAGAUGAGGCAACCAAGUAGAUUACACACGGGAUAGUGAGACUGGACUUUAUUUUCUUCCUCUUUCAAAGUUUACAGUGCAGGCCUAUUUUUUUCUUUUUCUUUUCUGUCUUUUUUUUUUUUUUUGUGCCUUUCUUUUGUUUCCUCGGGGCGGAGGCUGCCCUUCUCAGGCAGGAUCCUUCUGAUCCAUGGAACCUCCUUUGUGCCACACGGUGCUGGUGACAAGGCCCCAGUAGAGUUUGUGUUCUGUGCUCACUCACUGCAGAAGGAACCCAAGAGGCCAGUCCUCCAUAAGCACAAAGGGAAUUGUGCACCCACCAGAAAAUAAAAAGUCCUGUAGCUAAUGGGAAGCGCCAUUCCUUCUCACCGUCUCGAGCUCCUCUCUUAGGGUAUGAGUCAUGGGUUUUAUAAGGUUGUUUUUACCACAGUGGUCUUUUCAAACCACCUGCCAACUCCCUGAACCAGAGUUUUAUACCAAUUAUUAGUCAACACUGACAAAAGGCUUUUUAGGGCUUUAUUUGUUCGAGCCUUUUCAGUGAAAGAAGGAACAUUUUUCUAUGGUGCUGUCUCACUGCCUUAAACCAGAUUUCUCCAACAGUUUCAACAGUCCGCUUCAAUACUAAACCAUUGGUAAUUUCCACUGUCUCUUCAUUGACAACCAAGCAACACACCAGUUAACACAGCAGCCUCAUUUCUGUAUAUCAUUUUAUUUUUAACUUUCCUUUUCUUGAAGAAAUGGAUAGGAGAAAGAUCAGUAUUUUUAUCUUAAGAGGGAAGAUAUUUCUUUGCCUAUCCUGCAAAUCAUUCGAGAACCAUAGAACCCUUCUUUGGCCAUCCCUUAAAAGCAGAGACAUGUGGCUUCAUUCCACCUAGUUCUAAAUGAAAGCAUUUCGGAAGGUGGGAGAUUCCUAAUCUGGAUCCAGUUGAACUACAAGCACUGGAUUCAGCGUGAGCACAACUCUUUGGCUUUCCCUCCCUCGUGUUUAUCUUUCAAAGACACAAAAGUUAGUUUCGGGCACAUGCUGUUUGGAGUGUUACCGUCAUACACGAGACAUUCUGCAUUAAGGAACACUGAUGUGGUCAGUCACUGUGGAAGAGGAAGCAUUUAUACUGUACAAGAAGGUUAGAUUUGCACAGUCUACUGGGUAGGUAUUGUAAAUAAUGAUUUUUUUUCCAAACUUGCACAAAUUCAAAAUCAAACACAAACGAAAAUUGUAUUUUAUCCUGUUGGUGUUAAGAGGUGUCUCACCUGCUGAGGCUCCCUGUAUGCUGCAAGCCAAUACAGAAUGCAAACCCUCGAAGCUGUUAUUAUCUGGUGUGUUUGUCCUGUACUUAACAAGUUGUUGUGACAAUGCAGGGGCCAUCAGUGCUAGAGUGCGCAUGCUUCAGAACUGUACAUGAGGCCGGUACAAUUUUGGAUGAGUGACUAUCUGAACAUACAUAUCUCGUGGCGGGCUAUGAAGACAGUGCGUGAAAUCAGUCACUGGUAAAGGUACACCACCCACAGAGGACGGGUUCAAAGUUUAUGAAACCUGAGGUCUAUGCCACGGUAUAGACAAAGCUCUGUGUGCCUUUGAGGACAUGUUAUUGGUGCUACCCUCUGUGACCACCUUUGGGUUGGUUUCUAUAGAGCAAACUGAACAACACAAGGUAUCUGUGCAGAUUUCAGGAUGUCGCUAAGUAUAUAGGUCCUUACACGGUGCUACUGCCCCGAGGGAUAUCAGGCUGAACUUAUGCACACAGAAAUUGUCACCCUGACUUUGGAACCUCAACUGUGGAUCAAAUCUAUUGUGCAACAUCAAUCCGUGGAGCUGGAUGAGUGGCUCGUUGCCCUUGUAUGAUGUGUGAGCUAAGGAAACCGCUCAUCUUUCCCUGCCAUUCUGAGACAUACAGUCCACACAUGAGCAUAAACAGAACUUCCUGCAGUACAUCCCAGUAGGUACACCUAGUUUACAAUUUAAACUAGUUUGUGAAACAUUUGUCUGUAUACAUUUUAUAUUUUGUACAUUUUUUGAUGUAACAUAUCAUGUAAAUAGCAAGAAGCAGUGAAAGAAAUCAUCUGAAAAGUUUUGUAGUCUUUGUAAAGCCCCAACAAUAAGUACUUGGUGUCAAUGGAUCUAACUGGAUGAUGUAUUUUCUAUUGGUUUAUUGUCCCACCCCUAGCUUGUAAACCAGCUUGCAUAUAUUUUUUUGCAAAUGUGCACCCUGUAUCUGUCUAAAUUAUUACUUUGCCAUUAAAGUGGAAUUAUUUAUUGACAACAA